GAGCCCAGGGCACCUGGUGCCUCACACCUUUUCACGAGGGGGGCUUUGAGCUCACGACUCGCCGUGGAUUGAAGCGGGGAAAAAUCUCUCCCCUUGCUUUCGUCCUCGCCCAGCUCCCAAGAGAGAAGGUACAAUUGGCGGCGGGGCAGGACACGAGACGGUGAUAAACAGGACGUGAGCAAAUGUACUCCAUAGAACGAGUUUAACAAACAAAAAAGGGUCUCAAUUCCCCUUCGGCCCGCCCGACGUUGCAGGGCUGGUAGGUAGACCGAGCCGAGCGUCCUGUGAAUAAUCUGUCGACACGACACGCGUGGUGCCGUCUGAUGACCACGAAGGGGCUCUUAAGUUGCUUGAGUUCUCCGGGAUGAGUGGAAGCAUCCUGGAGUCCAACGACAUGGCUGUGAGGAAGCUGAGGGCUCACUUCGAGGCGAUGAACAGCGUCGAGACUAAUUUCCCGGGGAGAAAUGAACAACAGCAGCAGCAACAACAACAACAACAACCGGUGCCCAGCCCCGCUCGGAGGAAACCGAGCAUCAAACCCAAGCCCCAUAUGAGUCAAAUCCGCAGGAAUAGACAAGGCCAGAUCCGGCGCAAGUCUCAGAUCAACCCGCCGGAACCGGAGCAGAGCACGCGGACAGAGCCCGCCGCGGAAGACGUGGCGGACGCCCCCGUUGACUCGCCGCGAGCUCGCCAGCACCUCCACGCCGAUCUCCACCCUCGGGCACUUUCCCCGCCGCCGACGCCGCCGACGCCGCCAGCCGGCGGGAGGGACGGAGUCCCGUCCAACGGCAACGCGGCCCAGGGUCGUGACCUCGAGACGGUGGGACGGGGGCAGACGUGCGAGGAUGCCGACGGAGGGGAGAGCGACGACUACGAGGACGUUCGAACCGCCACGCCCGACGGUGACCGCGACAGCGGCGAGGAGCUUGAGCUUGCCAGUGACUUCAGCGAGGAUGAUCAGCACAACCCACCAGAGCUCUCUACGCAGGAGGUUCCUAGAAUGCUUGUCCGUUGCCCUGCGUUGCCACCCAAAAAAGCAGGAGCAAAGCUGCCCGUGCCUAUUUCUCCCAAGAGAGGCGGCGAGCCCUCGUUAAAGUUCCCGCCAGGCGACGCGAGGAGGCUUUCCCUGCCAGGCCUUCAAUUCCCACAGGAAAUGAGCCAAUCUGGAACCAAUCCACCCGUGCCCACGCCUGCCAAGAGCAAGGAGCCCUCCUUACAGAUCCCACCGAGUGACGGCAGGAGACUUUCCCUACCGGGCCUUCAGGAUUCGGAUAGAAAAAGCCAGUCUGAGUGGUAUUACGACAUCAUGCCCAGCGACUCGACUGAGAUAUGGACAGAUGAAGCUUCACAUUUUCAGGUGUCCUCCACUCUCGAGUGCCCUGCCCUGCCACAGAAGCAAUACAAACCAGGCUCACCAAGGAGAUCCAGGAGCCCAACUCCAACGAGAGGAAAGAAGAAUUAUCUUCAAACAGCGCCGCUGUACCAGGAGUACCACCGCAUGACGCUGAACCGCAAAAUCAACCACCAGCGGCGGCUGCCCUCCUCCUCCUCGGGGACGAUCAGCGAGUCCGAGGACGAGUUUGACAGCGACGACGAGUACGAGCUCCCCGAGCCGGACCUCGGAGCAGGGGAGUCGCGGGGGAGGGACGAGGAACGUCGCGAGAGCGUUGCGCUGCUGCAGCUGCAGCAGCAGCGCAUGCUGUGGCAGCACCUCCCGCACGUGAUCGCCAGCGGCGUCCUCGCGUCGCUGAGCGGCGACGCCAAGAAGCAGCAGGAGGCCAUGUUCGAGGUGCUGACAUCAGAAGCCUCUUACCUGAAGAGCAUUAGCAUCGUCACGGAUUUCUUCAUGACAUCCGAAGAGCUCAACCAAACCCUGAACAUGGAAUCAAAGAAAGCGCUCUACUCCAGCAUCGCUGAUGUCAAGAAAGUCACGGAAAGCUUCAUCGCAGAACUGGGAGACAGAAUUGAUUCGGAUAUCCUCAUCUCGGACAUCUGUGACAUUGUCUACAAAUACGCCAGGGACGACUUCAAAGUGUACAUCCCAUACCUCACCAACAACCGCUAUCAGGAGAAAAAGUUCAUCGAGCUCCGGGAGUCGAACUCCCAGUUCAGUGCAGCGGUGCAGCGGUUGCAGGAGAUGCCCCAGUGCGGACGUUUGCCGUUCACCUCCUUCCUGCACCUGCCCCUGCAACGAAUCACGCGACUCAGGCUGCUGCUGGAGAACAUCUUGAAAGGAAGAGAGGCAGGAUCCCCAGAGGAGGCCGCUGCUGUGAAUGCCGUUGAUGCGCUUGAUAAGGUGAUAAAGGAGUCGAAUGAAAGUGUUCGUAAAAUGCAGCAAGUGGAAGAGAUGAUCAACAUUUGUCAACAGAUCGUGUUUGAGAAUGUAAAGACCAUCGGGCUCAUAUCGAAGAACCGCUGGCUGGUGAAACAGGGCGAGGUGAUGGAGCUGACACAGAGGGGGACGAUGAUCAUAUCGCGACAGAAGGCGACUCCCAUCCACAUGUUUCUCUUCAACGAUAUGCUUCUGCUGUGCUCAAAGAAGAGGGAUAAAUUCGUCGUCGUUGAUCACGUGCAUCGAGCCAUGCUCCAGGUGAAACCCAACUCGGACACGGAGGUCGCCAACAAGAACUCCUUCUUCCUCGUCCUGCUGGAGAACCAUAUGGGCAAACACACAGAGAAGCUCCUCCAGGUGUCCUCCCCGAGUGACAUGGAGCGCUGGGCCGAUGCCAUCUGCCCGCCCAAGAAGGAGACCGACAGCAGCGAGCAGAUUUACGAGGACUGGAACUGUCCCCAGGUACAGUGCAUCUGUGAGUACAAGGCUUCCCAGUUGGAUGAACUGAGCCUGCAGGAGGCCGAUGUCAUCAACGUCCUCAGAAAGACGGCUGACGACUGGAUGGAGGGCGAGCGCUUGUCCGACGGCGAGAAGGGCUGGUUUCCGGCCGGAUGCGUGGAGGAGAUAAAAAACACCCACGUGCGUGCAAGAAACCUCAACGAGAGAUACCGGCUCAUGUGCGUGGCUCAGCGCAUGCAGAAGGCCGCCAUGGAGAUGGCCGGGGCAACAUGAAUGACGAAUGGACGAAUGGGUGGGGGAGGGGGGGGGGGAUUAUUUUAUGUUGAGGACCAGGAAAGAAGCAGGCUGGAUCUCCGUAAUUUCUGAAGUCUUUGCAAGGGGCAUUCCUCGGAAUAGAUCAUGGUCAAGAGGUAUUGAUGCCACUGUGCCGACACCGUUGUUUUCAGCUAGAAUCCAUCACCCCCGCCCCCCCUCCACUGUCAAUGUCUUGAGCAACAGUGGGGACGCGUAUGGUCUGUAAGUGGCGGUUAAAGAGGCUCUGGCCUAGAGUUGUGGCAACCUCUCAAGUCGUACAACGAACAAAGUUCAUGGGGGCGUCAAUAAUAACAAUGUCCCCACAAACACUGGGAGAGGAAUGGCUACCGCCCAGAAACUCUACCAGCCACCACCAUCACCACAGCAUUCACUAAAUAGAUGAAUUGUCGUCAUAGGCCGUGAGAGCCUCCCUUAAGCCGUUGCCAUCUAUCAUGGUGUUGCGAUGAAAAUAAUGCAUCGAGCGCCUGGACACGAGUGGAUUUCAUCACUCCAUCUCCACAACGGACAACCACAUGAGUGUGUUUCAUCGUUUGACUGGCACUCUGUCAUUAGUCUCGACCGCCAGUCCAUCGUACCUUCGAACGAUAUGACCUGGCCAAGCCAACUUACUCAAUUAACAGGUAAAUUUGUGGUCUGUAAAUUGUGGCAUGUUCCCUAAUUCACAUGCUCCUCUUUCCGUCUUGCAGUCACUCUUGCAACAGCAGCAAUGUUUAAAGUGCAUGAGUGUGCUUUUUUAAUCUUAUUAUUAUUAUAAAAAAUGCAUACGUACAGUGUAAUUCCCAGCAUGCACCUCUCCAUGCGUUUUUGUGCACUUGGCAGCUUCUGUUAAAUUUCCGAUGGCACUGUUCAUGUUUAUGAUCCUCGUGUCGCAGAAAGAAAAUCAGAGAAUGCCACCAAAAAAUGAUUGAAGAUCUCUUAAGCAAGCAAUGGGAGCAUGAAAUCAACAGCAAAUAGAACAUCGACAAUGAAAUGUGUGUUGCAUUGUGCAUGGGGUGCCAUGAAUGGGGAGCGGUGGUGCAGCAGUUAGCGCCCUGCGCUACAAACCUGCACACGACCAAUACCAGUGACAAUUAUCUGAACCGAUCCUGGGCCUUCCCUAGAUCGACUCGGCCUCGAAUGAGUACCUGGUGUGGUGUGGAGUCAUCUCCACUGGGGAGACAAAGGUAGCUGAGCAUGGUGCUGGCCACCCACCCCUUUGUGUGCCGUGCGGGCCUUCAUUGGUGCUUGCUUGUUCCUACAGUUUGUUAAGGCUGUAUGGGGGAUCUUUGGGGUGUCAUGAAACAUACAACUGUGCAAACAGGGACAAUAUGGAUCUGUGACCAAGUACGAGAGCUUAACUGAUGGUGAGAGAUUAUGGUUGUAAAUUCAGCAUUUGUAUAAAAUGUGCAUGGGAAAGGCUCGGUAAAGACUCGAAGGUUGGCCCAUGUGGUUGGAACCAUUGGACCAACGUUGGUCCAACAUUCCAUGUUUACUGGCAAGUGCCCUUUAGUAAAAAUAGGGAAACAAAAGCUAAAUCUUGUCUUGUUUUUUUUACCAUAAUUUAAUGAUAUAAUGCACAAAUUUCAUCAGAAAAUGUAUACAGUAUAUAAUGGAAUUUAGUUGUAUACUGUAUACAUCGCAUGAACAAUACAGCUUAACUGGUGUUAUUGGUGACAGGCGUAGGCGCGUCUAAUGAAAAGCUCAACAGUGGCACAGACCGGAAAUGUGUCGAACAAACAACGAACCCUCAAUGUUCAAUUAAUCUCUGAAAUAUAAAUCGGC